AUGGGGACGAGGCACAGAAACGACAGCAGAAAGAAUACAGGGACUACGAAGCCAUGCGAGAUUGAUGGAUCCACGGAGAUCGGACACCCCUUUGUCUACAAAGGCAGCUAUGUAAAGUACUGCAUGCAGACUCUGAAGGGCAAUACGAAUUACAAUAUCGGUGCCAACUAUCAUCCGGAGGAGCUGAUGACCGAUCCUCAUGAUUUCAACCACAACAGUAACAGAGCUGCGGCAACAAGAGCGCCACGACGACUAGAGCGCCACAACGACAAGAGGCCCGCGACAGCAAGAAUACCCCAACAGCAGCAGAGCCACCGCGACACAAUGGAAACACCGACACCGAGGCCAGCAGCACUGGAUCCGCCGCCACCUACUGUCUCGUCCGCUCAAACAGGACUGGGCGGCCGUUUUUAUCAUGGAUCCUUGGUUUGA